GGAAGUCGUCGCUCAAACCAAAAUUCAACUGUCGUUUGUACAGUUUCUGAAAUUCGAGUGAAUUGACGCCGCUGACUCGUUCAAGAAGACACAGUGGUUCCGCUAAAACCCGCCAAGAAGCUCAAAGAUGGCGCAGGAAAACAUUUUCCUCUUCGUUCCCAAUUUAAUCGGUUAUGCCCGUGUGGCGUUGGCCCUGAUCUCCUUCUACCUGAUGCCCUGCUGUCCAUGGCCGGCGGUCUUCUGCUACCUGCUCAGCGCUCUGCUCGACGCGUUUGACGGCCACGCUGCACGAGCGCUCAACCAGUCCACCAAGUUCGGAGCCAUGAUGGACAUGUUGACAGACCGCUGUGCCACCAUGUGUCUGCUGGUGAACCUGUCCCUGCUCUACCCCUCCUUCACCUUCCUGUUCCAGCUCAGCAUGUGUCUGGACAUCGCCAGCCACUGGCUGCACCUGCACAGCUCCACGAUAAAAGGAUCAGCCAGUCACAAGACCAUCGACCUCUCCGGCAACCCCGUCCUCCGGAUCUACUACACCUCCAAGCCGGUGCUGUUUGUGAUGUGCGCUGGGAACGAACUCUUCUUCUGUCUGCUCUACCUUCUUCAUUACAUCCCAGAGCCUGCUGCCUGGCUCUACUGGCUGCAGGGACUCUGCGGGACCAUCUGCCUGCUGAAGUCCGGCAUCAGCCUCCUGCACCUCAUCACCGCCUCCCAGAACAUGGCCGCCAUGGACGCCGCCGAGCGAGAGAAGAAGCAGUGAGGAGGUCGGAGAGUCCAGCGACAACAAAUCCAUCAUCACAGGUUUUUAUUUAUUCAGAUUCUCUAGAGGGGAACAGGAGGCUGCGUGGACUGAGGCGACUUUAAUAAGACGUGGAAACGGUUUUUUCUUUUCUUUUUUUAUGACCAAAUAUGAAUCAUAAGAAAUUCCAACUCCAGGCAGGUGAGAGGCUGAAAGGUCAAAGACAAAACAACAGAUUCCAGUUUUCUCUGCUCUGAUCCGUUUUUACAAACAAACAGUGAAGAUGUCGUGGUUUUACUUCCCCUCAGAAUCUGUAUUUCACAAUAUAAACUCAUACUGUCUCAUCCAUAUCAUUAGAUGGUGAUAUUUAUGGCCCCGGUUUGUUCCUCCCCUCCGCUGUGAUCACACCUCAGUCACACGCAUUUGUCUAUAUUAAAUUUAUUUUGCAGCUCUGAUGCAUCAAUUGAAACACUAGUCAUCGGAUUAAUCAAUAUGAGAAUUAAAUGCAGCCGUAGUUAUUUAAUGUUGGAGCUGAAUGAUGCAGCUUCUCAGAUGGAAGGAUUUCCUGCUUUUUGCUGUUUGAUAGAUUAGAAACAGAUUAUAGAUUUAAUAUUGUAAAUAAUAUAGAUUUAAUAUUCUGUUUGAUUGUUGGUGACAUUCGACUUUGGAAACUCCUGCUGGGCAUUAUUCACUAUUUCCUUUCGUUUUAUUGACCAAAAUAUUGAUUGAUUGAUCCGAAAAGUAACUAAUGACUAAAAUAAUCCAAUAUUUGUCAUUUCCAGCUUCAUUUGCUUUAAUGAAAUGAUUUAAAUUUCUUAUUUUUAUUGGGGGGUUUUUUUCUAUAUGUUUUGAUUGUCGUGUUUUUUUUCUUCUGAAAAUUCCUUCGACACAGUGGAAACUAGUUGAACGACCUUUUUGCUUCAUUUAUCUUCUUCACUCUGUGACUUUAAUGUGAAAAUGACGCAGAGAAACAAACUGGAGCCAGAACAACUUCAUGAUCUGAGUUUUUCUUUCCUCCGGAGCAGAUCAUUGUUCUGUGGAUCAUUUUAAUCCUGCGGCUCCUGAAACAAUUAAUAUCAGUUUAAUAUUCGCUGUUUGUUUGUGAAACUCGCCGUCGAGCUCAGAGACGGUGACGAACACCUCACUGUGUCGGCGCCGCCUCAUUUCCCUUCACAUCAUUCUCAUUGUGUUUGACAGUUAAAGCUCCGUCACUCACAGUUUCCUUUCAUAGUCUGACAGUCUGGUGUCUGAACACGACGCUUUAAAAAGACUAAAUAUCACAUUUAUUCAGAAAUGUAUCGAUGCAAAAAUAUCACUGAUAAAUAUUAUAGUAUAUAUAUACAGUAUAUAUAUAUAUAUAUAUAUAUAUAUAUUAUAUAUAGUAUAGUUCAUACUGGUAACCAGAACAACCAGUAUGAAGAAGAAGAUGAAAUGCAGAUUGACAGCUGACAGCUCUUCAUGGCGUCAUUAAUGGUCUUUGAUUAAUGUUUUAUUGAUCAGUUAUAAAUCACUAAUGCAAAACAUUUGACCUGUAGAAAAUUCACCAGAAACUAUUUUUGAGCAGGAAAAAUGCAAAUAAAACAAAUGUCACUGGUUUUCUUAAUAAACUGAAGAGCAAAAAAAAAAAGACAAAGGAAGUGUGAUGCAGGAGAAACAGCUGGAGCCAGUUGCACAAAAACACCUUAAGUUAAGAUUUUCCUUAAAGUCUGAGUUAAGGUCUUAAAAUGUUCCCUUAAGUAUUUAAGGGUUUUCGCCUUAUCUUAGUCUUAAACUCCUACUGUUUCCAUGGCAACAGUAGAAUCCUACUGCUGUAAAAUCUCUUCCAUUGCUGUAAAUUUCUCAACUUUUUUCCUUAACUAAGGAAAACCUUUUAAGAGAUUCUGUGCUGAAGUAACUCCCUCAGCUAAGGAGAAAUUAAAUCUUAAGUGGAAAAGUUAAGGUGUUUUGUGUAACCGGCCCCUGACACAAAGUUCUCUCUCAUCACUGGAUCUGUAAAAUAUUUUCUAAAACAUCCGAGCGUCAGAAACAGCAGCUGUUUGAGGUGGAAAUAAAAAACUUGCAGGUAAAAAUCCACCUUUAUUCCUCAUUUCUUUCGUUUUUAUUGUGAAUUUUGAGAUUGUGUCCCUGAAGUGUGCGACACAGACCAACAGCUGAUGCCUCGCACACUUUCCUCUGGAGGUAAAAGCUCUUUGUUCCAUUAACACAGAACUUCACAGGGAGCGAGUUCACGCUUUGAUAUCCUUCAGUGACCUCCGAGCCGCUUUUCUCACCGUUCAGUUGUUGUGAUUCCUGCGAGUGUGUUGGGACGUUGUUCUUUAUUUGUGGUAGAGGAGGUGUUUCUUAUCGUACGUAGACAGUUAGAAAGUUAUGCAGGUCAUAAGUUAAACCUCGCGUGGAGAGCACCAAGUAUUAUCGUUUGUGGUUUUUGCGUUUUUUAACGUCACUAAAGAAACGUUUGUGCUGCUGACGGAGUGUGAAGCUUCGUUUCACUGCAGAACGUGUGUUAAAACUGUAGAGAUUUAAAUAUCCGCCUCUUUGUUUAUGAUGAAAUUUAUUUCCUAUAAUGUAUUAUUUUAAAAUAUAAAUGUACAUGAGCAGCAAAGCCAAGGCUGGUGUUAUAUUUAAGAUAUUGAUUGUAGUAAUUACAUAUUUGACGGUUAUUUUUGCUUGGAGUGCAGGUGGUUUGAAUUCACUGUAAAAGCAGCUGCAAAAUAAAGACGAUGAAAACAUGAAAA